AUGCCUUCUUAUAUUUCAGCCCUGACGGUUCAAGCGUCUGACGACUCCGACUUCCUCCCGCCGGGAACUUGUGUCGAUGCUAGCCCUGCUCAUGGUAGCCCAGACUGCAAUAAUGGGCUCGGCGGAGAUUAUACCUACGUCGUUAAGUCAUACACCUCAGAUCCAUCUCAGGCUAUCACCGGCUUGUUCAUCGAUAUCACCGGCAAUGGUGGUGACCAUCCUGAGCUUGGAGAUAUGGCACAUGGGGCUGGUGGUGACUACCGCUAUGUCAUCACGUCCCGGGACUUGACCUUACCCACUAAGAUCGGGGAUGUUCAGCUUUGGAGAUCGCAGGACGAUUCUGUGUCGCUUCCUGAUGUGGCUGCGUUUGGUUGGGACGGUAUAUCUACUGAUAUCAACCAUGGGAGGAGUGGAGCGUACUUGUAUUUGAUAUGGAAGAAUGUCCGGGGUUGA